GGAAAAAAACGAAGUCCCGUUUCCGGUUAAGCUGCGUGUGCGGCGGUGUCUGAAAUAAAAAAGUUUGCGCAAGUGAACCAGGUGUGUUCUCCCACGAACGUGAUGGCGUCGAGUUUCAGGGAUUGUGAGGCAUGGAGGGCAGAGGGUCUCCAACUGUCCACCACCAGUAAUGAGGCCUGCAAACUGUACGACGCCAUACUGUCGCAGUAUGUGAAGUGGACGAACGAUGAGACCGUGGGAGGAUUUGAAGGAUGCAUGUCCGCUCUGCAGACAGCUGAUCCUUACUUUGUUAUGGGCCAUGUGAUCAUUACGGGCCUGGAGCUUGUGGGAACGGCGAGCUCCCCGCGGCUGAAUGAACGUCUGGCCGGUGCCGUGCGGCGAACAGUGGAGUUGGCCGACAGCCAGGACAUUUCUCCCAGAGAGAGGCUCCAUGUCAAGGCCGUGGAGCUCUUCUCACACGGAAAUUUCCCCAAGGCCUGUGAUGUAUGGGAAGACAUUCUGGUUGAUCACCCCACUGAUAUGCUGGCGCUCAAGUUUGCCCAUGACGGAUAUUUCUACUUGGGAGCUCAAACGCGGAUGAGGGACUCCGUGGCCAGGGUGCUGCCUCACUGGAAGCCACACAUACCUUUGUACAGUUAUCUGAAAGGACUGUAUUCCUUUGGUCUCCUGGAGACUCACUUCUACGACCAGGCUGAGAAAGUGGCCCUGGAGGGCCUCAGUGUGACUCCAGGUGACGCUUGGGCCGUCCACUCCGUAGCACAUGUUUACGAGAUGACGGCAGAGUUGGACAAAGGCUUGAAGUUCAUGGAGAGCAGAGAGAAAGACUGGCAGGUAUCCGACGUCCUGGCCAGUCACAACUAUUGGCACUGGGCUCUAUACUUCAUCGAGAAGGGGCAGUACGAAGCCGCCCUGCAGAUAUAUGACUCUCAGGUGUUCAGACGUUGUAAAGCCACAGAAUCCAUGUUGGACACCGUCGAUGCCAGUUCAAUGCUCUGCAGACUGGAAAUGGAGGGGGUGUGCACAAAGGACCGUUGGCGAGAGCUGCUCCAGGUGACGCGGCCGCACUCCGACGACCACGUGACCCUUUUCAACGACCUCCACUUCCUCAUGGUGUCGCUGGGAGCCAAAGAGAGCGGCACUUCUCAGCGCCUGCUGGAGGGCCUCCGGGAAUUGGCUAAGGAGCCAGGGGAAAAUCAGCAGCAUCAGCUGGCCGGGACCGUGGGUGUGCCCAUGUGUCAGGCUCUGACGGAGUACGACCAGGGCAACUACAGCGGCGCUACAGAGCUCCUGUACCCUUUGCGCUACCGCAUGGCGGACAUAGGCGGCAGCGAUGCUCAGAGGGAUAUCUUCAAUCAGCUGCUUAUUCAUGCAGCCAUGAAAUCCGAGAAGAAGCACCACCAGAAACUUGGGAGAUGUCUUCUAGUCGAGCGUGACGCCGCGAGGCCGAACUCCCCCCUGACCGGCCGUCUGAUGCAGAGAGCCCUGGCUCUUCACAUCUAGGAGGAUUGUUAAGGUGUGCAGAGAAGCUCACAUGCAUAACAAACAUCUGAUGUGCCAUUGAUUGGUUUUAGGAAACUCUAAAACAUUUUAUACGGCACCGUUUUCAAUGUAGGGCUUGGUGUCCUUUUAGAUUACGUACCUUUAAAUCUUUGUAAAUUAACUUACUUAUCUCAAGAUUAUGAGCUAAUAUUAACCACGGAUUGCCAAUUUAAAUGAUAAAUAUGAAUAUUAAAGUAUGACACAUAA